CAAGAAUCUCGUUCUCUCCUUUUUAAUUACUUCUCAAAGUAUACUCUUUCCAUGGCUUCUCUAACCUUUCCAGAUAUUGUUCGCCAGCCAGUUACUGUGCAGUGUUGCUAUAAACCCAUGUAUAAUUCCUUGGGAAAUGAUAAGGGUGACUCUUUUGCUGCUAGGAAGUCCAACACCUCUCGAGAUUUAUCAAGCAGUGUUGCAAGUCCUUUGCGGGUGACUGUUCCAUCUCCAGCUCAGAAAGAAAUCAUUGCUGAACGGAAUCUGCAGAACCAUGUUGCUUGGACAAGCAUCCGGCAAGAGAGGUGGGAGGGAGAACUGACUGUGGAAGGAGAAAUACCGUUAUGGCUGAAUGGGACGUACCUGAGAAAUGGUCCAGGUCUAUGGCACAUAGAAGACUACAACUUCCGGCACCUCUUCGACGGUUACUCCACCUUAGUCAAGCUCCACUUCGAGAAUGGCCGCUUCACUGCCGGUCAUCGUCAGUUAGAAUCUGAAGCCUACAAGGCGGCAAAGAAAAACAAAAGACUGUGCUUCCGUGAAUUCUCGGAGGUCCCCAAACCGGCCAAUUUCCUAGCCUACGUUGGGGACCUGGCCAGCCUCUUCUCCGGCAUGUCCUUAACUGAUAACGCCAAUACCGGCGUUGUCAGGCUUGGAGACGGACGGGUGGUGUGCUUGACUGAAACACAAAAAGGGUCUAUAAUUAUCGACCCAAACACGUUGGAUACGCUUGGGAAAUUUGUGUAUAGUGAUAAUCUAGGCGGUUUGAUUCACUCGGCGCACCCGAUGGUGACGGAUGCAGAGUUCCUGACGCUGCUGCCGAAUUUGGUGAAUCCGGGGUACUUGGUGGUGAGGAUGGAACCGGGGACGAAUGAGAGGAAGGUGAUUGGGCGGGUAGACUGCCGAGGAGGACCAGCACCCGGAUGGGUCCACUCUUUUCCAGUCACGGAGCAUUACAUCGUAGUUCCGGAGAUGCCACUGAGAUACUGUGCACAGAAUUUGCUGAGGGCUGAACCGACGCCACUGUACAAGUUCAAGUGGCAUCCUAACUCGAAAGCCUUUCUCCAUGUCAUGAGUAAAGCUAGCGGGAAAAUUGUGGCAAGUGUAGAGGUGCCGCUCUUUGUCACAUUCCACUUCAUUAACGCAUACGAAGAGGAAGAUGAAGAUGGAAGGGUGACGGCCAUCAUUGCUGAUUGUUGCGAACACAACGCUAACACAUCGAUUCUAGACAAGCUCAGGCUUCAUAAUCUCCGGUCGUUCAAUGGCGAAGAUGUACUACCCGAUGCAAGGGUUGGAAGAUUCAUAAUACCGCUUGAUGGGAAUCCAAGGGGAAAGUUGGAGGCAGCAUUGGAUCCAGAUGAACAUGGUAGAGGAAUGGAUAUGUGCAGCAUAAACCCGAACUACUUGGGCAAGAAAUACAGAUAUGCUUAUGCUUGCGGAGCACAACGCCCCUGUAAUUUCCCCAACACGCUCACUAAGCUUGAUUUUGUAGAGAAAAAGGCCAAGAAUUGGUAUGAUGAGGGAGCAGUGCCAUCAGAACCAUUCUUCGUGGCACGCCCAGGGGCAAAUGAAGAAGAUGAUGGGGUUGUGAUCUCCAUGAUCAGUGAAAAAAACGGAGGCGGAUAUGCACUCCUUUUAGACGGAUCUACAUUCAAAGAAAUUGCCAGGGCAAGGUUCCCUUAUGGCCUACCAUACGGACUGCACGGCUGCUGGGUACCAAAGAAAUAAAAUACGCUCAGGAGUUAAGGAGGAAACAUACUUUACUCCGCAUCCGAAUGCUGCCUCUGAUCUGCAUCUGAUGUAUAAUGAUCGCAAUACGUCUAAAUAGACAGCAUAAAUCAGG